GGGAAAGAGGGUGGAAAUAAGGGCAAAACCGUAAACACCCACCGAAGAAGAAAUUCGAUGGCGGUCUCCUCCCCCGUCGGCUCUGCCAAAUCCCUAGCUUGCUUCCAUACCUCCCGCCUUGCCCCCCAAAGAACAGUUUGCUCGCGUCUACCAUCUAUCAGGAUGUGCGCUUCUCUGGCUGCGCCGUCAGAGUUGAAGAAGACCGUGUGGGUAUGGACAGAGAACCGGCAGGUGAUGACAGCAGCCGUGGAGAGGGGAUGGGGUACUUUCCUCUUCGGAUCCAAAGAACUCAGCGAGGACUGGUCAUCAACUGCUCGCAUCCAUCCUCUCUUUAUCGAUGGCCUGGAGAUUCUUGAUGAGGGAAAUCAAAAGGUUGCCGCAAUUUCUGUAAUCUCUUCCCCAAGUGAGUUGCAACUCAUACAACCUGAAAAUAUGGAACUACAGAACACUGUGAUCGACUUUCAAGGUGAUUGGCAGGUUAUACCAGCAGAAAAUAUAGUUGCUGCAUUCCAGGGUUGUACGGGAACCGUAUUGGCUGUUUCAAAAAAUUCAACUGAGGCUCAAGUUUUUCUUGAGGCCUUGGAACAAGGGCUUGAUGGAGUUGUACUUAAAGUAGAGGACAUGGAUGAUAUUAUUAAACUGAAGGAUUAUUUUGACAGAAGGAACGAGGCAAAGAGCCAGUUACAGUUGACAAAGGCUACCGUAUCAAAGGUUGAAGUUGUUGGUAUGGGCGAUCGUGUUUGUGUGGAUCUUUGUAGUAUCAUGCGACCUGGUGAAGGCCUUCUGGUUGGCUCCUAUGCAAGAGGAAUGUUCCUUGUUCACUCUGAAUGCUUGGAGACAAGCUACAUUGCUAGCAGGCCUUUCAGGGUCAAUGCGGGGCCAGUGCAUGCAUAUGUUACAGUCCCUGGGGACAAAACUAGCUACCUCUCAGAGCUGCGAUCAGGCAGGGAAGUAAUUGUUGUUGAUCAAAAUGGGUUGUGGCGAACUUUAAUUGUCGGCCGUGUGAAAAUUGAAUCAAGGCCUCUCAUCCUUGUAGAAGCAAAGGAGAACUCUGGAAGUGGCACAUAUAGCAUUUUCCUUCAAAAUGCAGAGACAGUUGCACUUAUCACUCCUGACAAAGGAUCUGGUGGAAGGACUGCUAUUCCUGUCACUUCACUAAAAGUUGGUGACGAAGUUUUGGUGAGGAAGCAGGGCGCCGCCCGUCACACCGGAAUAGAGAUUCAGGAGUUUAUUGUUGAGAAAUGAGGCACACUGCACCAUUUUCCCACCUAAGCAGUGCCACUGUUUUUGUUCUCCACAAGUAAUGUGUUCUAAUUCAUGUGGGUGAAUUUCACACCAAUUCAUGUAUAUCUAAAGCACCAUUAAAUCCAAUACAUCGAGUAUCGUUGCAUUACCCUAAUUCAAGGCUAAACUUUCCAUUUUA